AUGGACGCCUCCAGCUUAAGCGCUUGGGCAAGCGAGCUAGACUCCAAGAACACCAAGCGCCGCCUGCAGGUUCUGGAAGAUCUGGGAGCAGCCUUGCAGUCGCAACCGCCGCGAUCAUCAUCCGAGACAGCUUCGGGAGGGGGCCUAGCCUGCAACAACGACGACAACUCGUGGCAGCAGAUAGUGGCUCCGCUCGUACGCACCCUGCGAGACAACAACUUCAAGGUCUGCCGCGCGAGCCUGGCCUGCCUGGAGAGCCUCGUCACCCGGGUCAUCGAGCAAGACGCCGCUCGUCAGACACCAGUGGGCCGCACCGCCACCGCCGCCACCGCCGCCGCCGCCGCCUCCGGCCGCAAUGGCAGCGCCAACAGCAGCAUAACGCCGUUCCUGUCCCUGAUCACGCCGGCGGUGGUAGAGUGCCUCGGCAACUCCAAGGCUGCCGUGCAGGAGAAGGGCAUCGACUUGCUGCUGGCCGUUAGCGACCCAGCGGUCGCCGGGGGCCGUGACAUCGUCUCCUCGCUGCAGCGGCACUUCGCCGGGCACCGGAACUGGCGCGUUCGGGAGCGGCUAGUGGCGUACCUCGGGCGCGUCGCAGAGCUGGACCCCGCCGGCAUCAACAGCAUCCACCAGCAGCAGCAGCAGCAGCAGCGGGGGGGUGUGGCGGCGGAAACAGAGUCGUCCUUGCUGGCAGGACUGUUGGCGGAUGCACUCAACGACUCGGCCUCCCAGGUGCGGCAGGAAGCGCUGGCGGCGGCGACGAGGGUGGUCGGGAUGCUCGCAGGGAACGGCGGUCCAAUUCUGUUGGCCCAGCUGGAGGCGAAGGGGGUCCGGCGAGUAGCGCUCUCGGCUCUUCGGGACGCCGGGAGCGGCAGCGCCACUGGCGGCGGCGGCGGCGGAGAAACGGGCUUCGCCUUCACCGAAGGCGCCGCUGCCACAGCAGGCCUGCUGUCACCGAUCACUCCCGAGCCGCAAACAUCGUUCCGUUCCGGCGCGGCCGCCGCCGCCGCCGCACAAGCAGCAACGACGGUACAUCGCGCUGCUGCUGCUGGUCACGGUAACGCCAACGGCGGCGGCGCUCGCCUCACGACGGCGACCAGAAGAAGAAGGCCGACGGCCGCGGGAAAGGGGGGACGGGGAGGAACUACGUCUGUCUUGACGCGGGCGGGGGCAGGCGUACCAGAAGGAGAGCGAGGAGCGCCUACACCGACCGGUGGGGAAGCGGCCGGGCGUGGUGGUGGCGCCAGUCGCGCGGGUUCCCCUACGUCCUUGAUCGGGAACAGCCCGCGGGGUUUGGCGCUGGGCAGCGGUGGGGAAGAAUCGGCUUUUUCCGCGUUGGAACCGCUGGUGGCCGUGACGGUGUACACCGAGCGCGACGUGCGCCGUGAGGUGGAAGCGGUGAAGGCGGGUCUCGAGCACGAGAGCGACUGGCAGAGGUGGGUCUCCGCCAUGCGGAGACUCGCGGGCGUCGCUCUCGGUGGGGGGGGUUCGGACUUCCCCGCGCUCCUGGUGGGGCUCGUUCGCGCCAGCGUGCACGAGAUGGUCGGGCACAAGGUGUCGGAGAACCGCAGCGCCGUCGCCCGCGAGGCGUGCCGCUGCGUCGCCGUCCUCGCCAGGUGCCUGACGGACCACUUCGGGGCCCUGGCCGAGCUGUGGCUGCCGGAGCUGCUCCGGAACACGACCCGCGCUGUCGUCGUCGCCGCCGCGGGGGACGAGGCCGCGCGCGCCAUCUUCGGGUGCACGGAGGACGGGUUCCCGCGCCUCCUGCCGUAUCUGGUCGACACUGCGAAGAACAAGAGCGCCGCGAUACGCCGGCGGUGCCUCGACUACGCCAUGCUCGCGCUCGCUCGUUGGAGCGACGCGGCCUUCGAUCGAUGCGCCGUCCAGCUGAGGGAUAUGGUGGCGGCGGCUGUAGCAGACGCGGACAGCUCGGUGAGAGCGACGGCGCGCCGUGCCUACUGGGUCCUGAACCUCCGUUUCCCGGACUUGGCGCAGUCGGUCAUGGGCUCGCUGGCUCCUUCCAUGCAGAGGCAUGUUCUUCGCGAAGACCAAGAGUUCGACGCGGAAGCUUUUGUUCGUGCAGCCAACGCCGCCGCCGAGGACCCGCAGUUCGCCCAGAGACGGCCGGCCAGUGCCGCCUUCGACGGCGAGGGUGGGCUGGCGACGGCGGCGGGAGGUGCGGCGAGGUCGUCGUCCGCAAGGGUGAAGGUCGAUCGCGGUGCUGCUGCCGAUAGCGGCGGUGGUGGUAGCGGUAGGGUUUUGCGUCCGGGAGGCGGAGCGCCGGCGAGGAGAACCCGGCCCCCUGGGCGAGCGCCGGCCGCGCACGACGGCACGAUGGAUGUCGCCGACAACGGCAACGCGUUUUCUUUCGGCGCGGGUAGCGCCUUCGACGCUGUGGGCGGCGGCGGUGGUGGUGGGGAUGGCAGCAAGAACAGGAGCGCUUCGUCGGCAUUACGCGUCGCAGGCGGCGGCGGCGGCGGCGGGAGUGAGGGAGAGGUUGCCGCGACGAUGAUGCCGGCAACGGCGAAGUCUGGAGCUUUCCGCGUGCCCCGUGGCGGUGUGAGUGAAACGGUGACUCGCGUACCUGCUGCAGCAAGUGGCGAUGCCCUUCACCAACGCUUCCCCGCAGCUCGGGUCGUGGCGAGAAGGUCGUCGGUGGUUCCGGCGGCGGGGGGCGAAGGGGAACCCCAAAGCUUUGACGCCCCCGGCGCGCUCGGUGGUGUGUCCAAGGGCGAGCGGGGGGUGCAGCCAGCCAGGGUUGUCGGGCGGCAGCAGCAGCAGCGGUUGGAUGCGAGUGCGGUGGGGAGACGGGAAGAGGAGGCCGGGGAGAGCAGAGCGGACCGGGGGGGAGCGAUGAGGGCCGUGGUCGCUGCGCCGGUUGUUCUCGACCGUCGGCACGUGUUGCGCCAGAUGGACGACCUUGCAGACCAAGCCGGCGCGUCCCACUGGGGCACACGAACAGAGGCUCUAGAGAGCAUGCAGAACCUCCUAACCGUGGAAGGCGGCGGAGGCGGCAGCAGCGGUAGCGACUCUGGUGAGAGGGGCGAGGGCGGGAAGUUCGUGCUGGAGUCGAGGCCGGCGUCCAGACGGGUGGAGACCGUGAUCGCGGAGCGCACGCGGGACGUCAACUUCAGGGUCGUGGCCGCGGCGCUCAAGCUCUUCGGCGGCCUCGUGGAAGCGCACGCGGCCCUCAUGGCCGGCCACACGUCGACCCUCCUGCCGUCGGUGUUCCCAACCUUGGCCGACCCGAAGGAGCCGGUGCGCCAGGCGGCAAACGAGGCGCUGAACGCCUGCCGGGCGGCGUACAACCCCAACCAGCUCUGCUCCUCGCUGUGCCCCCGCGUCCUCGAGCUCCCGGCCGGCCGCGCGCGGACCGGCCUCCUCGAGUUCCUGGCCGUUCUCGUGCCUCACUCGGCGGUGUUUUUCCUCGACGGGCACCACUCGUCUGGGGGCGGAGCCGGAGGCGGGGGACACAUGCAGUCUCUCACGCAGCGGGUCGCGUCCGCUCUCGCGCAGACUCCGCCCCCGUCGAACUGGGACGGGUCUCUCGGGGAGGACGGGCCUACGUCCGCCGGCCCCGCGGCCUCCGCCGCGAUCCGGCUCCUGACGGCGCUGUCUCGCCUGGACAGGGAAGCCCUGGCGACGGCGUCGGCGGCGCUGCCGCCUGAGCCGGCCGCGGCGGUGCGGCGGGCGCUGUCGUUCCUCCGCCCCAAGUCUCCGUCUCCGCCGAGGAGAACGGAAGCUGCUGCUCUGUCUCCGAUAAGUGCCGGCGAGAGUGCCGUUGCCGGCGGGGGCUCCGCAGAGGCGGAUGGAAGACGUUCCCCGACCACCGUUUCGGAUGGGGAUGGGGAGGAAAAUGGGGUUGCGGCUGUUGUGACGCCUGCGGUGGGCGGUGUGCGGGGCGUCGGGGGAAAGCCUGGCGACGGGAAUGAGGGGUCGUCGUCGUCGUCGCCGCCGCCGACGCCGACGCUCGAAACGCCGCGACCUCCGGUGGUAGCGGCAGCGAGUCCGCCGGGGGAGGGAGGGUUCGCACUUUCUUCGAAUCCCGGCAGCGCGUUCUUGUGUGAGGAAAGAAGUGGCCGGCGUGGACGGCUAGAAGCGGAGUCGGCCUUGUUCACACCACCGGAGCAGCGGCAGCAGCGGAACCCGCAUCGUCAGCCACUGGCGCCGGUUACCCCGCGGGACUCGAACCGCCAGCCUGCUGGCGAGCAGCACGUGGGCUUGGUUUCCGGAGGGAGUGGCAAGAAUAUGCGGCUGGCGGGAUUUCCGACUCCGAAGAAGAGUCUUGUUCUUGCUGCGGCGGCUCCCGCUUCCGCCACAAGGUCGUCGGCAGUGCCGGUGGCGGCGAGUCAGGACCAAAAGGCGGCGGCGGAGGCGGUGAUGGUGGGCGGGGGGCUAAUCGCGGGGCUGUCGCGCGGAGCGCGCUCGCAUCGGAAGAUCGAAGCGCUGUCCUCCCUCCGAGGGUUGGCAGACGGGGAAGGCGCCGGGGGGCGCCCGGACUUCUGGCCGCGGUACUUCGGUCAGGUGCUCAUGCUCCUGUUGGAGGGAGCGGCGGUGUCGCCACCGGUGGCGGCGGCGGCGGCGGCAGGGGAGGAGGGCACACGGAGAGGAGGCGGCAACGGCGGUGGACAAGGCGGAGUCUACUCGACCCCGUCGUCAAGGCGGCGGUCGCUGCUUCGGGCGAAGCACCUACAGGGGGUGCGGUGCCUUGUCGCGCGGCGUGGGGAAAUGUUCCCGGGGUCGACGGAGAUGGUGGUGGGCAGGCUCGUUGAGAUCGGCGGCGGCGGCGGCGGCGGGGGGGACCCUAGCGUUGCCGUCCGGUGCGAGGCAGAGGCAUGCCUGGCCGACCUCGUCGGCGUCCUAGACCCCGCCCGCUACCUCGCCGUGUUGACCCCGCUCCUCGCCCUCCUCCCUGCCGCCGCCGCCGCCGGUGGUGGUUGUGGAAACCUGGGCGGCGACGGCGGCGAGCCGAAGGAAGGUCUCGCGGGGGGUGCGCGGGGCGUGCUGGCGCAGUGCGUCGCGCUCGGGGCGCUGCGCGCCCUGACGCCGCGGCUGUCGUCGCCGGGGCUCCUGGGCGCGCUGGGCGCGGGCCCCCUGCUGGCGGGGCUGGAGGCGGCUCUCGGCGGUGGGGACCUCGAGGCGCGCAAGCGGGCGGUGUUGGCCUUGGUGGAGAUGUACCAGGUGCUGGAAGAGGCCCUGCUACCGUUCCUGGCCAACUUUCCCACCAACCGUCUCAAGCUCAUCACGAUGUACAUCGAGCAGCGCAGGGCGAGGGAUAAACUCGCCGCUGCCGCCGCCGCCGCCGCCGGUACAGGGUCUGCUAGCACGCCUGGGUUUGCGACGGUGAAGUCAGCGGGUGCGAGCGGGGCUGUUGCCGCGACGACAGCGACUAGAUUUACGCCGAUACGGUAG